GUUUGGCAAAGGGUACCGAAGGUCGGACUUUUCCCAGAGAGGAUUAAAAGAAACAAAUGAAAUAUCUUUGCUUUUACCGCUCUGUGAACUUAUUUGACAUUUGCCAUACUAGAUGGUAGGUCUAAAUAUGAAAAAUGAUGCGUCAGCUCAAAGUAGCUUGUUUCAUUAUUGGGAAAUAAAAAGGGAACCGCUUCAAUCUAAACGUUUGCGGAAGACAGGGAAAUUAGAGUGGGGUUAAAGUUCGGUUAGUGCUAUCCGCGAUCCUUGGGACUUCCCGACACUAAGCCCUUACCCUAACCACAACCCUUACCUAACCCUUAGGCUACCUAACCAUAACCCUCAAUCAUUUUACAUUUCAACUUCACUGGGGGUCGGGACGUCGCAAGGAUCCCGGGUAGCACGGACCGUGAAAGUUAAACUGCCUGUUGUUUUUUUUCGAAAACCCGUGACAUACAGGGAAGAUAUCCUUAAAACGGUCGGGCUAUCUCGUUUAUUUAUGAGGAUACAAAAUAGCGUUUUUAAUCCCUUUUUUCGGAGGCAGAAAACAUGAUGAAAACGAUGGGAUGUUGUGCGUCCAUAUGUCAAUGUUUUUUCGAAUAUUCAACACCGAAAAUUCUUGUAAUUAGGAGCUUCAAGGUUGGAACCCUCAACAGAAUCACGCAGGCUUUAGUGAUUGCAUAUGUGAUCGGGUAUGUCUGUGUGCUGAACAAAGGCUACCAGGACACGGAUGCAGUCCUCAGCUCUGUCACGACCAAGGUGAAGGGCAUCGCCCUGACCAACACUUCCGACCUGGGCCUGCGAAUCUGGGAUGUGGCAGACUAUGUCAUCCCACCACAGGAGGAGAGCUCUUUCUUUGUGCUGACGAACAUGCUCAUCACUCUGAACCAAACUCAGUCGCACUGUCCAGAGGUCCCAAAAACUGGUUUUGACUGCACCUCAGACAGGGACUGCAAGGCUGGCUCACAUGAUACCCGAGGCAAUGGUGUUCAGACUGGGAAAUGUGUGAAGUACUCAGCUGUGGAUAAGACAUGUGAGGUUCUGGCUUGGUGCCCGCUGGAGUUAGAUAAGGAACCUCCCAAUCCUCCAAUGUUGGCAGAUGCAGAGAACUUCACAGUGCUUAUAAAGAACAGCAUCCGGUACCCCAAAUUCAACUUCAAUAAAAGGAAUAUCUUGCCCUAUGUCAACAAGACCUACUUGGAACAAUGUGUAUUCAAUCGCAUCACUGAUCCAGACUGCCCGAUCUUCAGACUCAAAGACAUGGUCACAGAGGCCAAUGAGGACUUUCAGACCAUGGCUGUCCAUGGUGGGGUUAUGGGUGUCCAGAUCCGCUGGGAAUGUGAUCUGGACAUGCCAAGCAGCUGGUGUGUGCCUAGGUACACCUUCCGUCGCCUGGACAACAAGGACCCAGUCAACAAUGUGGCGCCUGGAUACAACUUCAGAUUUGCCAAAUAUUACAAAAAUGGUAACAAUGAAGAGACAAGGACAUUAAUCAAAGGAUUCGGAAUACGUUUCGAUGUCAUGGUUUUUGGUCAGGCUGGAAAAUUUAACAUAGUGCCAACACUGCUGAAUGUUGGUGCUGGUCUUGCCCUCCUUGGCUUGGUGACUGUUGUUUGUGAUUGGAUUGUGCUGACAUGCAUGACGAAAAAAAACAUCUAUAACGAACAGAAAUAUUCUUAUGUUGAUGACUUUCAAUUGCUUUCAAAUGAAACACCAUAAAGCCACAACAAAUCAUGUCGAGCAGAAACAACUGUGUAUACAGCAUAUCAAGAUGGAAAUGUGAAACUGCAUUUUUCUGGAUUGAAUCCCAGCACUCUUUUCAUGAUCCACAUACUACAAUCUUCCACAGGCUUGCAGCUCGCUAACGAUCCUGAAAAUGUCUUGUUUCGGCUAACCAUUCAGAGCUGUAGGGACGGAACAUUUGGUGUGUCAUUCUAUUUUAUUAAAUCAACUCGGAUUAGAGCCGAGAAUCAUUCACAUUCACUCAUUAACUAGGUCUCCAUCCAACCUUUUUAAGCAUAAAUUACAUGUUUGAAAAAAAACAUAAUGACAGGCCUGAUGGAAACGGAAAAUGUUUUUGUAAACGUUACAAAUGUCGCCAAAACAAAAUACGCUAGACAAAGUGGGAUCUUUUUGUGUCUGUAAAAUGAAUUAUGCGAGAAACAUCUGUGAAAACGCCUUAAUGCUCAAAUAUUUAUAUAAUAACCAUCAUAUAAAAGUAAACUUGGAGUCACACGAUUACAUGUUGUGUGGCCCUCCCACUACGACUCAUUGGGAAAGCAUGCAGUUUAUUAGGCUACAGAUGAAAUAAGUUAUGAUGAACCUUACAAGGUGGUGAAAGUGCAAGGUGAUGAGCUUGAUGUUUCUUUCCAAUAAAUAUCAAGGGUCUUUUUCUGGUGACAUGAUCAUCGAUGCUUGGCUGCCAUUUGAAAAAUAUAUGUUUUUUGCUCUUUUGUCCAUAAUAAUGUCAUCAUGUAGGCUAAAUGUGAGCUCUAGCCAACAGCGUGCAUAUGGUGGACACACUCUCUAUAUAAGGCCAAAAUGUUUGUGAGAAAACCAUCAGUAGAGUUGAAAAUGUGAUGGAAACCCAUUUAACUUUUUUUUUUAUUCGGUACAUGGAAAUAUAUCCACAAAAGGUAUUAUGUGUACUCCGUCAUCACACACAGCCUUUUAUCUGCAACAAGUCAAUUUGAUGAAAACACCUCUGGUGGGAAAAUGCGCAUAUUGUUUUUGUGGAUUUUAGAAUUUUCGCAUGAAAAUCUGUCGCCAAUUGGAUGGAAACCUAGCUAAUGAGAAAUGUUUCACUGCUUGCUGUGAAGGCCCAGUGCUAAUAACAAUCCUCUUUAUUAGAGGACAUUCAGGUUCACCUGUGUUGUACUUUAAUAAACAUUGUAAAUUUUUCUAUAA